CGGCCGUCAGUGCAAACAGUCCACAAAGAGAGGAGCACCCACAUCCAUCUCUGCGCGCUUUUUUCAUAGCGGGAGGCUGAUAAAAGCCUCUUGCUGACGUCUGCCUGGAAGGGAGGGUCUAUAUCCACCACCACCACGCUGUUCUUGCAGCGGCGUUAUGUAUUUGCCUACCCGUUAUCCAAUCCUAGCGCAGGUGGCGGGACUCUGCUGGCGAAUCGCAGCGCACAGUGGGCGGGGUUUUCCGGAAAACCGGUGGGAAACGAUUGUCUCUCAGCGACGUUCAGUACAGGAAACAAGGGUACUGGUCUCCGAAAAAAAAAAAAACUUGUGUAACGCGAACCGUAUAAAAGAGAAAGUAAUGAGCUGUAGGCGCUUUGACUGGAAUUUAAUGGCUGUAAGUCGAAGUUUAGUCAGGUGAAGAAAACGCGUGUUACGAAAUUUGAGUUGGUGUCGCUCUAAGGUAUGUAGAUCCAUCCAUCCAUCCAUCCAUCAUUCGUUCAUGUACGUUAGUUUAGAAGCCCCUGCGGAGCCUGUAGCCUGUAGACUUCUCACACUGUGGAGGAGAUUCUGAUAUUAGAAUAUUAAUUGGCCGGUUAGUCACUCAUCUUGAGUCGAUUUUAUGACCUAUAUUUCGUCAAGUGUAGCCUCAGUCUUUCCGGUAGCCGCAUGUUCAGAUCCAUAUCUUAGAAAUCUUGUAAAUUAAAGGGUCACGUCAGCUCCUGCAUCCUCCACCCCCAGCCUGUGCACUAAGAUGGGGAUGGGAACCGACACCAAACCGCCGCCGAGCGGAUCCAGCAAGUUGGCCGUUGACAGUGAAGAGGAAGACGGCGGUGUGGAGAUCAUGAAGCUGGAGGAUGCGGAGCCGGCAGGGCAGCAGAGAGAGACCUGGACCCGCCGUCUCGAGUUCGUUCUGGCCUCGGUGGGUUACGCCGUGGGCCUCGGCAACGUGUGGAGGUUUCCGUACCUCUGCUACAGGAGCGGCGGAGGUGCCUUUCUCAUCCCCUAUGUAAUCAUGCUGUUUCUGUGUGGUAUCCCGUUGCUCUUUAUGGAGUAUGCCAUUGGUCAGUACACUCGCUUGGGGCCAGUUCAUGGACUGGCCAAAAUCUGCCCCCUUCUCAAAGGUGUGGGACUAGCUACAGUGGUUAUUUCUUUCGUGCUGGCCACCUACUAUAACGUUCUGAUGACCUGGGCUCUCUACUACCUCUUCAACUCUUUUGGUUCCACCUUGCCAUGGCAGUCCUGCAAUAACACUUGGAAUGCGGUCAGCAACUGCUCCACUGGCUUCCCCGGCAAUGCCACUCACCUGCAGUCAGCCAGUCAGCAGUACUUUGACCGUAAGUUGCUGGAGAUGACCGGCGGUAUUGAAGAUGCCGGAGGGGUUCGCUGGGAGCUGUUUGGCCUCCUCGCUCUGGCCUGGCUCAUCAUCUACUUCUGCAUAUUCAAAGGAGUCAAAUCCACAGGAAAGGUUGUCUAUUUCACUGCUACAUUCCCUUACUUCAUGCUGUUUGCGUUGCUGAUCAACAAUGUCCAGCUGCCUGGUGCAAAAGAUGGCAUCCUGUACUUUCUCAUGCCCAACUGGAGCAAACUCCUGGAAGUGCAGGUAUGGGUGAAUGCAGCUGCACAGAUAUUCAACUCCAUUGGCAUUGCUUUUGGCUCUAUGAUAUCUAUGGCUAGCUACAACAAAUACAACAACAACAUCCUCAGGGACACGUUUGUCGUCUCUCUGGCUAACUCGGCUACUAGUAUCGUAGCUGGGUUUGUGAUCUUCUCUGCUAUUGGCUACAUGGCACAUAUUCACAACCUGCCUGUGGAUGACAUAGCUACUGAUGGUCCUGGUUUGGUGUUUGUUGUGUAUCCAGAAGCGUUCUCCACCAUGCCUGUAUCCCAGCUGUGGGCUCCUCUUUUCUUCUUCAUGCUGCUCUGCCUCGGCCUGGACAGUGAGUUUGCGAUGGUGGAGGUGGCGGUGACGUGCAUCAUGGACGGGUUUGGUGUGAAGGUUUUGCGUGUGUUUAAGAGGAAGGAGCUGCUGGUGCUGGCCGUGUGCUCGGUGGGAUUUCUGCUGGGAAUUCCGCACAUCACCAGGGGUGGUAUUUAUGUGUUUCAGCUGAUGGAUCACUACACGGCAGUUGUGUCUCUUAUGUUUCUGGCCUUCUUCGAGGUGCUGGCAGUCACACUGAUCUUUGGAGUGGAGAGGAUCUGUGUGAUGGUGGAGAACAUGUUGGGAAAGAGGCCAAACUUGUAUUUUCGUGUCUGCUGGCAGUUCCUCUCUCCGAUGCUGGUGCUGGGUAUUCUGAUCUCCAGUAUAAUCCAGUACACUCCUGCACGCUAUGGCAAGUCCUACACGUACCCGCUGUGGGCUGAGGUGCUGGGCUGGUUCAUUUCUCUAAUCUCUAUAAUCUGGAUCCCACUGGGGGCAGUGCACGAAAUCUGGAGGAAUAAAGGAUCUUUAUUACAGAGGCUGAAGGUGGCGCUGAGGCCCACAGUGGAUCUGGAGCCGAUACAUGCCUUACCAGAGAAACAGAGGGUUCACUCAGAGUCCAUCACACUGUUCAGCACUUCCCAGUGAUGUAUGUGCACAUGUACAUGCCCUGAGAUGCAUCGCUGCUCUUCACAAUCACUAUAUUCUUUCCAAAUACAUUACAUUCUAUGUACUGUAUUAAUAAUAUAUGGUGUCAUUAUCCACACUAAGCUUUUUUCUGUGCAUGUUUUUGCCUCAACGCUGGCUGAGGUCAGAUCAAACUGGCCUCUGAACCAGUUUUAUUUGUUAAGAUAUUUCUUAGGCUGGCUUAACACAGUGAAACUUUCAUGCAACUAGUUGCAUCCUAUGAGUUGCCUGCAAUAUCAUUUCCAUGCAACAUGACUGUUAAAGAAGCAAUUUGAAAACAAAGCUGCACACAAUACAUUCAGUUUCUCUACUACUAAGCUAAGUUAACAGCUCAUAAAUUUUAGAUAUACCAUAUCGUCUAUUCAUCCACAAGGUGUAUUUUACAUAUUUACCACAUUUUUUUUAUCUUCUUAUAUUAAUUUCAGCUGUCAUUGCAGUUCUUUUGUCUAUAUCUGUCGUUUAUCUAUCUAGGGUGCUUUACUACGUUUGAGUUUUUUAUCUGUUGUGUACAUGUAAAGCCUUUAAAAAUGAACCUUUAAGUAUGUUACAGUUAUAACCUACUUGAUCCUCAAUCAUCUUGUCCUAGAAGCCAUACAAGUUCAUUGAGGAGCACAUCUUGAUCUCCGCUUCUGUGAUAAUUUUCAUCAUUUGGAUUCAAAAUGAACUGAAAUUUUGGGGGUGUCAAAAGAGGAGAAAUUGAAUCUAGCUGUGUAAAUCGUGAUAAGAGCAGAUAAUAAUGCAGGGUUAAUAGUGAUAAAGCAGCUGUUUAAACAGCUGUUAGUGUUAGCUGGCUGGUUAAAACAGCUGGUUGAAGGAACAUUAGCUUUGAGAAACGCUAAUUUGUUGUCAAAUAAAGAACUACCAGUCUUGAGUCAGCUGGGGGAGGGGUCUCCUUUUCAACCCCCCAUUUAACCAUCUUCUAUUUUAUUUUCUUGUCCAGUGACGUAGUGAACUCAUUAGAUGAAUCACAUGAUGUGUUACUGACGUUUUGAUUGGCUGUUUCAUGAAACAUAUUUCACAAAGUUGCAGUGAUGCAAAUGAGUUGCAGGAUGCUUUUAGUUUUAUGUAGUUUUAGUUUUUAGUUUCAUGUAGGUUUCCAGUAACAAAAGUUGCAUUAAGGUUUCACUGUAUAAAGCCAACCUUAAAUACAGCUUUGGACAAUAGUUUAUCAUUGUUCAGACUUCAGUACGGGUGGAUUACACCAAAAGCCUUUUUUCUCGCAGAGGGACAGAACUAUGUUGCUUAAAGAAUGGUUAAAUUGAAAUGUAAAACGCACACAAAGCUCCUUGUACCACCAGUCAGUCAGCCAGGACAUGUUUGAUGUCUGAAGUUUGAUUUUUUAGUUUUGCACUGUAGGCUAAUGUUGUUAAUGUUGUAUGUAUAUAUAUAUAUAUAUAUAUAUAUAUAUAUAUAUAUGCUCACUUGAUAGUAUUCGGUGCUCACCUGUUAGUAUCUGGUGCGCACCAGAUUUUUACCAAAAAAAUACACCAUGUCCCUUUAGGGGCUCCGUAUCACACAGAUUCCUUAUUUGAUUUAUUCUGCUUAUGCACUGCAUCUAUAAAUUGAUUGUUAAUUGAUGAUGUAUGUUCUCUCUCUUGUGGACAUGACAAAUCAUUUUGGUGUCACUGGCCUUUGUAGUCUUUAUCAGUAGGAUCCAGCUGCAGACCCUCAGUAUCGCACUUUCAGACCCUCACUUUCAGACCUGCACUAUCAGCUUGUACUUGUAAGGACAGAUAAUAAAGCUAAAAAUCACUCAUGGGACUCAAAGCUGCACAGCUUUCUAAACAUAUUUUGCAUGACAGGAAGUGACUAAUAGAGUAAAUUCUGGUUUUCAGUCUUUCUCAGCAGUCUAGCGCUGAAAAUGACAUAUAAUUAGGUUUAGAAACGUUGCUGAUAUCUGAACACUUUUGUUUAAUAAAUAUUCACUAUAUCCUAAACCCAGAUUAUGUCCACAAUUAUAUCUCUGAAUAUUAAAAUGUUCAGAUGGCCUUAUUAUUAUGUAAACAAAGAGGUUAUACAUUUCAAAAAGGAAAUGAAACGGAAGCAGGAGCGGGUUUAUUUUAGCAUCUAAACAAUGUUGCACUUGAUUGGUUUCUUGACUAUCACCUGCUAAAUUGAUAUGCUGUUCCCAAAGUGUUUCAAAUCUUACACAUAAUAUGCAAAACUUCUAAAUUCUACUAUGAUUAAAGGGGAAUUCCACCCUUUUUUUGAACAUUUCUUCAUUAUUCACAAAGUCAUCAGAGUGGUUUGAUGUGAAAUGGUUCACUGUAGAGAAACUUACUGACUGUGAUGUCUACAACAUGUAGACAUGGCUUUAGUGACAUCACAGAAGCAUUUCAAAAUGGGCUAUUUUUGUAGACAAUUUGCACUGUCCACAGAAUAUGGCCAUUUUAUUUACUAGCUAAAAUGAUCUACGAACCUACACGUGUCAUCUGAAUUUUUAUAUAUAAUGAUGAUAAAAUAGCGGUAAUUCUGAAGUUUUCUUUGAGGACAUUUUAAGCCAGAAGCUUCUCACAACUAUAGUAAAACAGUGUCUCAGAGAGUAUAUUCAUAACCAUUUUAUGUAACCCGAAAUGUAACCUUCUGUGAGGGAAUUUUCAUUGGCAUUAAACUCUCCAGAUGUCUGGUUCCUAUCACUGCCACUGUGAACAAUUCUGACUCAGUUUGUUUCUCUAGAAUGGAGCAUCUCCCAUUAAAUCUGUCUGAAUGACUGU